CAUAUUUUGCUUCUCCUAAUCUGCUGAGUGCUGACAUUACUGACUUCAACGAACGCUUCAACCUUGCCCAAUUUGUCUAUUCAGUAUUCUCCAUUUCUCAUUCAUUCGAUUUGGAAUUGGAUAAUAGUAUGACUUCCAUCAGUUUGCUUUGGCUAAUUGGCUUCCAGUUUCAACCUUAACGCUGAAACAAUCAUUUAACCCCAUUUUCCUUCAAUCAAAUUAUACUACUACCUACAAACCCAGCUCCUCUCAAUCAAACAAACCCUUCCUUCUUCAAUAACUACAGAAGCUAUUUUGGUUCGCCCCUUUUAUUCCGAUGCUGUUCGUUACAAUUUUGAGUAUUGAUCUGUUUUGGGAAAGACGAUAGGUCCACUGGAAUCAUGUCAAGACCAAUGCUGCUUGUCUGUCUGUUGUUGAUACUGAUUAUUACCUCCCAAUUUGAAUGGAGACAGCAAUUGGUAAGUGACAUGGAUACGAAUCCCGCGGAGUCUCAGAAGCAACAACAGAUCUCAAAAAGGGAAGAAGGUGUGAAAGAAAAGAUAAUCUUGUCACAGGAAAAGAGCAUCCAGAAACUGAAUGAGGUUGUCAAGAGUCUUAGGGAACAACUGCAGCAGUGCCGCAGCAUUAAUGAAAAGACGCUGAAUGCCACAUUAAGCUCCUUAGCUCAAAGUGUUAUUGAGCUUGAGCGCCAACAAAUUGUAGAGGACUGAACUCAACCUCUUGACUCUUCUUUCUUUACAUAAUAGUACUUGUGUAACAUUUGAAUACUUUUCUUUUCUUUCUUGUGUAGGAGUUUUUGUUCAAGUCCAAAAUUACAUUAUUCUAAACAAAAGUAGUACUACGUAGCUCUUUUGCAUUUAUAA